GGGUUAGAGAAGAUAGUAAAGGCGAAGUUAGAGAAGGGGAGGUUAGAGAAAGAGAGGGAGGAAAAGAUAGUAAAGGAAAAGUUAGAGACGGAGAGGAGACGGAAUGAGGAGGAGAUGUUAGAGAAGCAGAGGAGACAGAAUAAGGAGGAGAAGAUACAGGAGGAGAAGGAGAGGAGACAGAAAGAGGAGGAGAGGUUACAGGAGGAGAGGAAACAGAGAGUCGAGGAGAGGUUACAGAAGGGUAGGACGGAGGAAGAGAGAUUGGAGAAGGAGAGGAAACGGAAAGCUGAGGAGAAGUUAGAGAAGGAGAGGGUGGAGCAGAUAGUAAAGGAGAGAUUAGAGGAGGAAAGGAGGCAGAAAUUCGAGGAGAGAUUAGAGAAGGAAGGGUAA